AUGCUCAAGCUUCUCCUCUUGGUCGUGGCACUCGCCCACGACGGCCGCGCGGCGCUGUUUGAUCAGGAGUCAGAAGACGAGGCCGCGGCGGCGGUGGCGGCGGCGGAAGCGGGUGCGGCGGGAGGGUGGCAGGGGUGGAUGGACGGGGCGGUCGCCAAGGUGAAGGAAGCCCUGCCGGAGCCGAGCGAGGCGAAGAAGAUCCUCCCCCUGGGAUUGAUGCUGUUCUUCAUCCUCUUCGACUACACCAUCCUCCGAGACACAAAGGACGUGCUGGUGGUGACGGCUCCGAGCAGCGGCGCCGAGGUGAUCCCGUUCCUCAAGACGUACGUCAACCUUCCCGGCGCCGUGGCCUUCACGGUCCUGUACUCCAAGCUCUGUAACGCCGCCGAGCAGGAGCGAGUGUUCUACACCGUGAUUGGCUUCUUCCUGUCCUUCUUCGCCGUCUUCGCGGCCUUCCUCUACCCGAAUCGGGACGUCCUGAGCACCGCCGUCCUGGCGGACUCUAUGCAGGCGUUUCUCCCCCAGGGCCUGUCGGCGCUCUCCAGCAUCGUCAGGAACUGGACAUUCUCGCUGUUCUACCUCAUGUCGGAGCUGUGGGGUUCCGUGGUAGUCAGCGUCUUGUUUUGGGGAUUUGCUAACGAUAUCGUGUCCGUAUCGGAGGCGAAGCGAUUCUACCCUCUCUUCGGGUUGGGCGCCAACCUAACCCUCGUCUUCUCCGGGCGUUACAUGAGGCUGGUGUCCUCGAUCCGGCAGUCCCUUCCCCCAGACGUGGACAAGUGGGGGGUGUCUCUGCAGCUGCUCAUGGGCGCAGUCGUCACGGGUGGGCUGGUCGUGGCCGGGUGUUACCGGUGGAUGCAGGAAAACGUUAUCACGGACCCGGAAUGUGUCGAUGCUGACAGCGCCGCCGGCAUGAAGGAGACGACCAGCCUGACCCUCAAGGAGAGCGCCGCCUUCCUCGGGGCCAAUGACUACCUUCGCGACGUCGCUAUCCUUGUCAUUGCGUACGGCACCAGCAUCAACAUCGUUGAAGUGACGUGGAAGGCGAAGCUGAAGAUGGCUUACCCUGACCCUAACGACUACUCCGCCUUCAUGGGCAACUUCUCGAGCACCACCGGCCUGGUAACGCUGGGCAUGAUGCUCCUGGGCGGGCAGGUUUUCAAGAACUACGGGUGGGGCACGGCAGCGAAGGCGACGCCGGUGGUGCUUCUUUUAACCGGGGUGGGGUUCUUCUCGCUGUCUAUGUUCGGGGAUGCGGCGCCGAUGCAGGAGAUGCUGGGGGCUUUGAGCACCAACCCUCUCACCCUGGCGGUGCUGGCGGGCGCGGCCCAGAACGUGCUGUCCAAGUCUUGCAAGUACUCGCUCUUCGACCCCUGCAAAGAAAUGGCCUACAUUCCCCUGUCCCAGGAGGAGAAGCGUAAGGGCAAGGCUGCCGUCGACGUAAUAGGGAACCCUCUCGGCAAAUCCACAGGCUCAUUCGUCCAGCAGGGACUCUUCUUGGCGACGGGGUCCCUUCAGGCCUCCACACCGUACCUGGCGGGGGUAUUGCUGGCGGUGAUCACCACGUGGCUCUUCGCAGCGGACUCGCUCUCCAAGAAGUUCGAAGCAGCGAUGGAGCUGGUGGGCGAUACCAUAGCGCCACCGGCAUUGGCAUCGGCGUCGGAAGGACCACGAUCACCACCACCGCCUGCUGAUGCCGCGGCAGCAGCAACAACAACAACAACGGCAAGCGCCACCGCCGACGCACAGGCAGCAGGAACAGCAGCGGCAGCGGGUCAGGAGUUGGUGGAAGAGAAGGAGGCGGCAGCGGGGGGUGGGCUGGGGCGAUAAGGACACGAAGCCGAGGCCAAGGCCGCACAGCUGGCCGGGGGGGAGGUGCCCUGGAAAGCGGGAAGAUGGGAGAAGAGUGGGCAGGAAGGCGCGACAGACACUGGAAGGGAGGGGAGAAAUAAUAAGAGGGGGGGGGGGGGGGGUAAAGGAGAGAAAGGAAAACAAAACGUUUUGAUAGAUGGCAUGCGUACCUCGCGGAUGUUGAUCUCACCAGAUAGAUUGGAGAGGAAGGCGAAAUAUGAUGAGGGUGAAGGGGGAGGACUAGAAGGGCGGGAGGGAGUGAUAGUGAGAUUAAACCAACCACGUGCAGGCAAAAGGCGCGCCUCAUGGCGCCUCGUGUGACGCUUCGUGUGAGAAAACAGAGUACUUGCAUUUUGGUGCGAACCACCAGUGCGCCGCCCCUCCUUCCCCCUGCUGCGGGUUGUCCGAAGCGUGUCACAUCCUUCAAGUAGGAUGCCACACUGCUGUACAUGUUCUUCUCAACAGUCCAGUGAACAGAAGUUAUGAUGAGCUUUUUCUCUUGUCUGAGCUCUGAGAGCAUGGUGUAUUCUUUGAUUGAUUUCCCGGAUGAACCAAGGGGUAGGCGUCGCGGUGACGCUUGUCUGCUCGGUUGGUGGUGCACGAUCCUUGUUAUUUAGAGUGUCAGCGUUGUCUAUCCUAUUUUAGCUGCAAGCUAUGUAUGUAGAGCGAGACGCGGGCGGAAGGGUGUGGCCUCGAGGCGCUUUGCAGACACACGUACGACCAUCAGCACAAUACAAGUAGUCCAAUACAUGGAGUGCACAGACACAAACGAGUGGGUUGUAGAGCAUACCGUCCGAAAGAUAACACGGAGCGAGAAGUCGUACCAUAGGCAUAGACAGAGCGGGAGGCGCACCUUAGACGACGCUGCAGCGGUGACGCUUUCCCGUCCAUAGACAACGAAAUUCGACCAACAGAGCGGGUAGAGGCAAGGGUCUGUCUGCGGAGGCUGUGCGUGAGGGGUGUGGGGUUAGGGGUGCGGGUCGUUGGUUUGUUGUGUAUGUGCUGGUUGUUUUCUGUCGUUGGCGUCAUCGACAAAUGAGGGCGUGACGAGGUUGGAAGACCGACUGCUGUGUGUGAUAAUUUCACGUGCCCGUUCAAAACUCGCCCAGCUUUUGGUGACUCGCGUGUUUAAAGACCCUGAGUGUGUCAUAGA